UCUGCGCGCGCUCCCGGCCUGCGAGGUUUUCGCUCUGGGCCGCGAGGAAUCCCCGAGGAAAAAUCGGGGAUUCUCCCACACCCGAAGGCCGCCACCUGGCAUCCGGCCCGCUUUUGUCCCAACGCCCGCCCGGGUCGCCAGCCGCCACUGCGGGAGGGGCCGCCCGCCGCGCACAUCAGACCGCAGGCUCUCACCGCCCGGGGGAAGAAGCGUCGCUGCGCCGAGCCGCGCGACCAAAGUGACAAGAUGUGAAAGUAAAGAAAGGACUUAAAAACUAACAAAGAUGCUUUUGAGCUACAAUGCAGCCUCAGCCAUCAGAUUGCUUCAUUUGUGCCUUCUGGUGUACGUGAGCCUAACAUUGGAUGAUCCUUUCGAGGGUUUCUCAGACAAACCUUGCACUUUCAAGAUGACAGCACGAAAUUUCCGGCUAAUUUUAUCAUGGCAAUUAAGAAACUCCUCCAUUGUACCAACUCAUUACAUAUUGCAGUACACAAUCAUGAGUAGACCAGAAAAUCCAAAGAUUAUUGAGAAUUGUACAAAUAUCACGACAUCAUUUUGUGACCUAACAGAUGUAUGGAAAGAGACACCCGAGACCUACAUCCCAAUGUUGGAAGCAUUCAGUGGGAACACCACGCUGGUCCGUUGCUUGAACAGUAUCUUGUCCACAAACAUGUCUUUUGAGCCGCCAGAGUUUGACAUUGUUGGCUUUACUGACCACAUUAAUGUGACAGUGAUGUUCCCACCUGUUGGUCCCAAGAUAUAUGGACAAAAAAUACAGUAUUAUUUAUCACUCGUCAUCAGAGAACAUUCAGAGAAGAUUGUGAAGACGCACAAACCCAAAAUAAAUGGAGACAUGAGUGGAAAUUUCAGCUACAUCAUUAACAAUUUAAUUCCAAAUACAAACUACUGUGUAUCUGUUUACUUUGAGCCUAUGAGUCUGGGAACAGUAAUAAAAUCUCCCUUAAAAUGCACUGUCCUUCAUUCGGGCCCAGAAUCAGGACCAUCAGAAUCUGCUAAAAUAGGAAUACUCGUUGCUGUGUUUUUGAUAGCUUCAGUCUUCAUGAUCACCAUCGUAACACUGAAACGGAUUGGUUAUAUAUGUUUAAAAAUUAACUUCCCCAAGGUUUUGAAUUUUCAUAACUUUUUAGCCCACAUGUUCCCCGAACUGCCACCAUUGGAAGCAGUGGAUAAGGUGGAAGUCAUUUUCAUCAACAGAAAGAAGAAAGUGUGGAAUUAUACUUAUGAUGAAGAAAGUGACAGUGAUAACGAAGUGGCCCACAGAACAAGUGCAGCCGGGUAUACCAUGCACGGACUGACAGGCAGGCUUCUGAGCCAGGCCCCCACCUCCUCCGCCACCUCCCAGGAGUCCCAGUUCAAAGACUCAGAUGCUGAGGAGCCUGAUGAGCCUGAGGUCGAGGCUGAGGCCAGGAAUGGGGCUAGGGGUGAGCUGGAGCCUCCCAUGGUGCUGGAGAAACCCCCCUGGCAGUCAGAAGACCCAAGUGAGCCUUAUAAGAAGAGAGGCAGUCUGGUCCAGGACCCCUUUCCCAGGGACAACAGCAGCUCCACUGGGGGGUCUGGGGACAGAAUUAUCUUCAAUGUGGAUUUAAACUCAGUAUUUUUGAGAGUUCUUGAUGAUGACUCAGGAGAGGCCUCAGAAGAAGACAGUCUGGCAUCAUCUCUUGCAGAAGAGAUGGGGGACUCAGAAGAGGAUUCCCAUGGAGGAGAGUCAAACCUGCCGGUGGCCAGUGGGGAGGGGACAUGGUCACCCCACCUCAACGCCUCUUCCCAGUGCCUGUGGACUGAAGAUGCUGGGACUGAUGAAAGUGAUGCCUCCGGUUCGGACACUGAGGUCAGGGAUGGCUAUAUAAUGCGGUGACUCAGAAAGAGUUUACUAACCCAAGCUGGAAGUGUCUCUAGGGCCCUCUCCUUGCACCCCGGCUUUCUGCCGUGUAGUCUGCAGGUGUCUGUGAGGGAAGGAGUAGGGAACUGUAGAGUCGGCCCAGUUCUUCCAGACAACCUCAUCUGUGCAGAUUCCCAGCAUGGGAAACGAAGUCUCCCUCAGCCCUCUGUUUACAAGUUCCCAGUGAAGAGGCAAGCUCUGCAGGGUUUACGCUAAUGCACUUGACUUCUGAUGUCUCUGAAUCAUGUUUCCCAGGAAGCAAAGUUCACUGUGGUUUUCAGGGGUGACCUAGGCUCCCUGAUCCUGUGAUAUUUCUGGGAAAUAAACUGAACCAGGGUAGGAGUGGGAAAAAAUCACUCAUUAGGCUUCCUAGCAGGAUCUGUGAGCAGUGUUUAACAAGUGGACACCCUGAGUCCAGCAGGUUCAAGGAAUGAAUGAUAAGGCAGGCAGAAGAGGAGGAGGGAAGGAAUGGGGCUGGAGAGACAGGAGGCCAGUGCACAGGUAACAAAGGAAGAGCCAGCAAGGUAUCAGUCAGUGGUCUCUGGGCACCUCCACUCUGAGAAAUACACUCACAACUGCUCUUCUAGCCCUCCCCAGGUUGGGUGGGAAAGAUGUACACACAUUAAUAAUUUUAGUAAAAGGCGGGUGACAAAUAGAAAGGAAACAUUACUUGGGGCAUAGUGCCAGGUGCAGGUGGCUCAUGCCUGUAAUCCUAGCUACUCAGAAGGCAGAGAUUAGGAAGAUGGCAGUUCCAGGCUAGCCUGGGCAAAUAGUUCCCAAGACCCAAACUUGAAAAUACCCAACCCAAGGGGUAAAAUCAGUGCCAUAUUUUAAGACUUAAAAAAAAUACGUAACAGUGCUUCAAGAUCUUCAAGAAAUGUGGCAUAUAAGACUUAGAGAUCCCGUGUGGUCAUUUUUAAAGUGCUACGUAGGCAGAUCCAGGUGCCCUACAUGGGACUACAGUUGCUGUGAGUCUUGGAGGAGGGUGGUAAGGGUCUCAAAUGUCAAGUAGCAAACAGCACAAGGCCUGGAGUCACAGGUCUGCUGCUGACGUUUCACCGUGUGACCCUGGGUGUUUUUGCUUAGCCUCCCUGAGACUCAGUUUCAGUUUCAAAGUACAGGGAUGGGACUAGGUAAUCACCAGGAUCCUAUAACUCUCGGAGAAAUAUUAGAAAAUAUACAGAAAUAAAGAAUCAGGGCCAAGCAUAGUCGCUCACACCUGUAAUCCUAGCUACUCAGGAGGCAGAGAUCAAGAGGAUUUUGGUUCAAGACCAGCCCAGGCAAAAAGUUUGAGAAACCCUAUGUCAACUGGUCAAAAGAUGGUGGCACACAUCUGUCAUCUUAGCUGCGUGGGAUGACAGGAGGACCUCAGUCCAGGUGGGCAGGCAUAAAUGCAAAGACCCUGUUUGAAAAAUAAUUAAAAGCAAAAAGGGCUAGGGGUGUGUCUCAAGUGGUAGAGCACCUAUCUAGCAAGCACAAAGCCCUGAGUUCAAACCCCAGCACCACCAAAAUAUAAAUAAUCAGAAGUGCUACAACCCCAGAUUGAUGAAAGGUGUAGGGUCUCCCAUGUCACUCUCCUCACGCCAAGAACCAGUUUCUCAGACCUUUCUCCCAGGUCCAUUCAAAAACAACACAAAUUACACAGGAUCUUAGUUCAAGGACUUCCAAUAGAUUACUUGUGUAAUUGGUCUAACACAAAAGGAGAGAGCUGAGUAGGGCAUGGUGGUGGAUGCCUGUAAUCCUGGCUACUGUGGAAGGUAGAGGCAGAGGGAUCACAAGUUUGAGGCCAUCCUCGACAAGGAUAGCAGCAGGACCCUGUCUCAAAAACAAAAAUAAAAGGGGUUUGCAUAAUAUGCACCAGCCCUGGAUCAAUCCCCAGGAACCACAAAUAAAGCAAAAACCCUUAUUUAAUAAUCUAACGAAUUGUACAGCAAAGAGAUCUUAUGCACAUAAUCCAUUCCUCCGACCUCGAAAUCAUAUUGAAGAUUUCCUGAUCUUUUUUAGAUAUGGCUCAUGUGUGCACCCCCACUUGUUUUUGUAAAUUUUUGUAUAAUGGUUGUAGGUUGGGUUAGGGUAAUACAAGAAUACCUUUUCAUACAGACUUGGUGUGGUCCUGAGUCGUUUCUCCGUAGAGUGUGUGUGUGCAUGCGGUUCCUCUGGCAUCUCAGGAC